UUCCUUAUUGAUUACUGAAUAAUUUUGGGUUAGUAUUGGUUAGUUUUUAUGAGGAUUGUUUCAAUAUGAAGUUCUCAACCAUUUUAUGUAUAAAAUUUCAGUUGCACACUAACAAUGGGAACAACCGCUACAAAUGAAAAUGGCGGCAAAGGAUUGAGGAAGAGGAUAUGGAGAUUUACAAAGGAUGAUUUCCUACCGGAGGAGUCCUUCCGUAGCUGGGGAAACUAUGUCAACGCAUUGUCCCACACUGGGCAACGGCUCAAAGACCGUCUCCUGACUCGGUCCAUGGACGAAGUCGAGCUGCACCAGGUGCGGGCACGCAGCCAGCACCAAAUGAAGAAAACCCUUAGUUGGUGGGACAUUAUCUGGUUCGGCGUUGGAUCAGUCAUGGGCUCCGGUAUCUUCGUCCUCACCGGGGAAGCUAUGAGGAACUACGCCGGCCCCGCCGUAGUAAUCUCCUACGUUAUAUCGGGUGUCUCAGCUUUACUCUCUGUUUUGUGCUACACUGAAUUUACUGUUGAAUUGCCUGUCUCCGGAGGGUCAUUUGCGUAUCUCAGGGUGGAGCUUGGAGACUUCAUUGCUUACAUUGCCGCUGGAAACAUCCUUUUCGAGUAUGUUGUGGGCGGCGCCAGUGUGGCGAGGUCAUGGACUUCGUAUUUUGCUACCUUGUGCAACCAUGAUCCAGAUAGCUUCCGCAUCCAUGUACCAUCCUUCCCAGAAGCAUGCAGCUAUUUAGACCCGAUUGCCGUCGGAAUUUCGAUCCUGAUCUGUAUCGGAGCAAGUGCGAGUAUUAAGGGGUCGUCGAGGUUCAAUUCUAUCACGAGUAUUAGCCAAAUUUUUGUUCUGAUCUUCAUCCUCAUCACCGGUCUUACCAAGGCAAACCCAAAGUAUUUAGUCGAACACUUUGCUCCCCAUGGUAUCCGGGGCAUGCUGAAAGCUUCCUCGAUCUUGUUCUUCGCUUAUGUGGGGUUUGACGGAGUGGCCACCCUCGGAGAGGAGAUCAAGAAUCCGGGUCGGGAUAUUCCGAUAGGAUUGAUCGGAUCCAUGAUGAUCAUUAUAGGCUUCUACACCGCUCUCUCUACAACUCUUGCCUUGAUGCAGCCGUACACCCACAUUGAUACCAACGCACCAUUUACCAUGGCAUUCAAAGCUGUGGGCAUGGACUGGGCAAAGUACGUCGUCGCAACUGGUGCUCUGGAAGGCAUGACCGCAGUUCUGCUGGCUAACAUAAUAGCCCAAGGGCGAUAUUUCACCCACAUUGGCCGGACCCACAUGGCGCCCCCGUUUCUGGCGGCCAUCAAUAAGAAGACUGGAACUCCGAUGAAUGCUACAAUCAUCAUGACCCUUCUAAACUCCAUUGUAGCUCUCUUCACCAGCCUGGAUGUACUGGCGAGCCUCCUUUCCAUAGCCACUCUGUUCUUGUUCUCACUAGUAGCCCUGGCCCUUAUAGUCCGACGCUACCAUGUCACUGGAGAGACCACAGAUUCCGAUAGGAACAAACUGAUCGCAUUCCUAACUCUAAUUGUGGGAUCAUCUAUGGCUACUGCUGCAUACUGGGCUGUGAGCUCCGGAUGGUUUGCUUACUCCAUAACAGUUUCAGUUUGGUUCCUGUCAACACUGGGACUUCAAUUGACGCUGAAGGAAGCAAGGAAGCCUAAGCUCUGGGGAGUUCCAUUGAAUCCCUGGUUACCCUCAGCCUGUAUUGCGUUUAAUCUGUUGGUGAUGGGUUCAAUUGACAGGGCCUCCUUCGAGAGGUUCGGGAUUUGGACGUUGCUCCUCCUGGUAUACUACAUCUUUAUUGCCCUGCAUGCUUCCUAUGAUGCAGCUAAGGAGAUUGAAAGAGAAACCAACAAAUCUGCUCCGGCAACUCUUGAGGCAGGGAAAUCCUAGGAAUCAAAUAGUUUUCAAACUAUUUACCAAAAAAGUUGCAUUCAAAUAAGAAGAGUUUCACAAGGACAAAAUUUCAGUUGGUGUUUUUCUCGAGUAUCUCAGUUGACAUCUUUUUUUUUUUUUUUAAUUUAAUCUGCAACUUUUUCGUACUUCAAUUAAGCAAGAUUCAAUAA